AUAGUUUUUUUUUUUUUUUUUUUAUUUCCUAGGGUUAGUGGGUAGUUGGAAAGUUCAUAAAGUUCUUGUAAAUUUUAUGGAGGUUAAGAGGUGAUACGGUUGGCUUCAAACGAUUGCGAGAUGUUUAUGGAAAGUUCUUCCUUAGUUUGGUAUCCAAAUACGGUUCCGCCACUGUGAUUAAUUUAUUUGUGAUGGUAUGUUUGCUCACAAAUAGAUAGAAGACUGACGUUUGUGUGUAUGCAAAAUUUGAAAACGAGAAGAGAAAAGGGGGAGAAUACUGAGUUGUCGUAGUUUGAGGUAAAGCUAUUGUUGCCUCAGUUCAAGAUAGUUGUCUCAGUGGAAACACGAUCGCAGUAUUGACCAUUUUGUCUUUGUGCAUGACAAGCUAUAAUUGACAGGAGCCUGUGACCGUAGAAGCCAACAUUUCAUUCAUAACCAUCAGCUGUUAAGAACUCUGAAAUGGAUGCUGAAAAAGUGGUACACACUGGAGGUUGUCAUUGUAAGAGUGUAAGGUGGAAAGUGGUUGCUCCUUCCAGUGUUGUGGCAUGGGAUUGCAACUGCUCAAACUGCAACAUGAGAGCCAAUACUCACUUCAUUGUUCCUGCUGACGAUUUUGAGCUUUUGGGAGAUUCUGGGAAGUUUCUCACCACUUACACUUUUGGCGCUCAGACUGCAAAGCACACAUUCUGUAAAAUCUGUGGCAUAACAUCGUUCUAUUAUCCACGCUCAAAUCCAGAUGGGGUCGCAGUUACAUUUAGAUGUGUUGACCCUGGAACAUUGGCCCAUGUUGAAAUCAGACAUUUUGACGGGAAGAAUUGGGACAGCGCAUAUAAUCAGACAGGAAUAUCUUCAUAUUCAAAGGUGGAGAAGUAACUCUCGUCACAUCCAGGAGCGAAGAAUAGAGGAUCAUUGGCAGUCCUGCGUCAUGUUUUCAUGCCGUAGAUUCGUUGUGUUAGAGUGUGUUGCUACUGCCAAUGCUAUGAAAAGAUAAAUCUAAUGCAAUACAAUAAAAAAUUGUAGAAGGUUUCGGAAUGUUUAUGCUUUUAGUAUUGUUCCGUUUGUAUGUCAAACGUGUCUUCUGAA